AUGCCCGUCAUCUCCGCUAGCAAAGCAGAGAUUCCAGCAGUAUCUGUACGGCAUCGAGCACCUACGCGCGCCGCUGGUGCCGCUGAUAUCCGUGACGAACGGGCUCCCGCAUCCCGCAUUCCCCAGCAGCCUGCUGCAGUACCACCUACUGACUCACGAGCAGCUCGACAGCUUGGCGCGUUGGUACCACCAGGUCACGCCGCCGAUCGAGGAGACGUUCAUGUAUCCGGCUUGGGUCCCGGCGUGGACGGGCGUGAAUGA